AUGCUCACACGACUCCCACUCCGACGCAUCACCACCACCACCACGCGCGCCGCCGCCGCCGCCGCCGCCGUUACGCGCCGCCACGCCUCCAACUUUGGCGCAAGCCCCAGUCCUCCCAAGCUGCCCGCCAAGGAGCAGGCCGAGUUUGAGCGUCUGCAGCGCGCCGCCGCCGUCUCCUCUGCCUUUCAGCCUGCAGAGGCUGCCGCCGCCGCACCCGAAAACACGACACAGGCCACCGAGUCGGAGCUUAACGAGGGCGGCGGCCUGUACCGUGGUGCGCGGCCCGAGUUUGACGGGGACAAGAACCCGCGCACCGGCGAGGUCGGCGGGCCCAAGAAUGAGCCGCUGCGCUGGGGAAGUGGCGGUGACUGGAGCUACAACGGCAAGGUGACGGAUUUUUAA